CGGCCAGUGAGUGAGUGUCUGUUGGGAAGGCGGCUGGAGCUUGCACGCAGCCACAACUCAGUCCCCGCCGGCCAUGUACGGACGCGGCCUCUGGUUACAAUUGGCCGCGCUGCUCGCGGCCGCCGCCUUGGCAUCCACGAACAGUACUCUCAACAGCAGUAGCAACAGCAGCAGCCCCGUCAGCAGUGGCCGGGUGCCCUCCAGUUCAGAACGGUUUCGGCGGCUCAUCCCCUACAUGACAUACUACAUCACGCAGCAGAGUGUGGCGGCAAGACCAGCUGCUGCACCCCUACCCAUUGGCUUUUACAGACCAGUGACUCAGUUUACCGGGAACAGCCUCUACAAGCCAUCCCCCACAGCUCGACCACAGCCUUCAUUGCCGCCUCCUCCUCUGGCACCCAUACCAGCACCCACACCAGUGUACAAUGCACCAUACCCACAAUCUAGUGGAGAUGCACGCCUCAAUGCACUAGUUCGCAUACUUGCCAUCCUUCACCAGGCACGCAACAGCCCGCAAGCCACGCCCAAUGCAGGCAUACAGGCUCUGGCGCAGAUCCUCGCAAUCCUACAGCAAUCAAAUGCAUUGCCUGCAGGCUCUGAAGCAGGUGUUUCAGCAGCUAUUCGUCCUCAUCUUCAACAGCAGAACUAUCAUAAAACACCAGCUGUCACAGUGUAUCACAAUGGCCAUCCACCACCUGCUAUACCUGCAUCAACUCCUGCACCAACAGAGAACCCUAGUACAGCUACAGUUCCACAGCAGUUGUUGGUUGCAAUUUCACCACGACCCUUUGCAUUCACUCCUGGUCCACCUUCAGCUACACCUUCAACUUUACCAGAGCAUGUGGAAGAAGAAAAUGAUCUCCCUGCUUAUGAUGAUGAUGAUGAUGAUGAUGAUGAUGAUGACGACAAUGGCAGCACUAGUGGGGACUACACUACUAAAGAAGAGAUUGCCAACCAUUCACCUGACAGGUACGCUGCUAAGUUGCCACAUGGUUUCAAGCCACAGAACUACUAUGGUGGUGUCACAAGCACUCAAAUCUUUCCUGAUCCUUACUCAGAUGGAAGUACACCAGGUCGAGCUGGUGUUGACUACCCCACCUACUCAACAAUUCCACAAACAAGCUUCAGCUGUAAAACACAGCGUUACAAGGGAUUCUUUGGUGAUCCUGAAACAUCUUGCCAGGUUUGGCACUACUGUGAUCUCAACGGCGGACAAGCAUCAUUUCUCUGUCCUAAUGGAACUAUUUUUAGUCAAGUAGCACUGACAUGUGAUUGGUGGUUCAACGUGCGCUGCUCAUCCACAACUCAGUUGUAUGUUCUAAAUGAGCGCCUAUACAAAUACAUCCUUCCAGUCACUCCCAGUUUUCCGGAGGAUUUUCAUGGACCUCUUGUUGACCAAUACAUCGCUCUCAAAUUUCAAGAGCAGGAAAAAAAGAAACAGAGCAAAUUAAAAACAACCACAAGUAAUCCCAAGAAGAACUAAACAAUAAACAACAAGCAGUCACCUACAAUCUUGCACGUCAUACCAUCAUCAUAAAGAGGUAUCAACGUUUCUCCAAAGGAAAUAUUUUUUGUCAAUCAUCAACAGACUUCUCAUACAGUUCAAGACAUAAAUCUGUAGUUUCAUUCCAAAGCCUCAUGAGAUGUUUCAAGUUUUGGUCUUAAUAUACAUGACAGCCAUUGUAAAAGGCAAUGACAAUGGAUCCCAAAACCAUGAACAGCAAGAAAGGCAUUUUUACAUGGACAAAAAUCUGUACUGUUUGUACUUUCAGUAAACAACAUCCCAAAAACAAUAAGUACAGUGGUUAAUAUUGAACAAGGUACAGAAAAUGUGCCAUAACAUGGUAUGUUAAAUGUCAACAUGCUACACCGAGAACGAUAAUUUUGGCCACAGUUCUCAUAAAAGUACAAUUCCAUGUUCCACUAUAAUUUACAAUGCUAACAUUUCCAGUGAAAAACAGGACAAUAUCAAACAAGAAUCGAUCAUUGAAACAGCUUUAUGUUUUCAGAGCUAAAAAUCAGGUACAAUAAGAGCUAAUUUUCCUUUGAAAUUAGUUUCUUCAUGAAGCACACUUUAGUAAUUUUGGUAUCUGCCAUAUAGUCACAUUUUUCUUUUAAUGGCUAUGUAUAAUGCAGUAAUGCCAUUAUCAUUCCAUCUUUCCUCAACAUAUUUAUUGUUUGUGAUUCAUUCUCAUAAAACCUUAGUGAAUCACUAGUCAUUUUAUACUCCCAUUAAGUUUUUAAAGAGCAAAGUAUUAUAAUACAUCUUCUCAUAUACUUUUUUUAUGUACCAUAACAAAUUCUUCCAAAAGACAAUAGUGCAUUUAAAUUUUAUUCUUCUCAGUAAUUCCUUUGUUUCAGUUUCUAGUAGUAAUUUUAUCAUUUAAUAAACUUCACUUGCAAAUUUCUAUAUGACAUACACACAUGCUGUUACAUAAAAGAUGAUACGCCUAGAGUUACAUCGAAAAUUUGUGUGUGGAGAAAAGUAUUUCUAGUCACUAAGUGUGCAAUACAGCCAUGGUUUGUAAACCUGGUUACCACCUGGAAAUGUUGUUGAUUAAGUAAUUUAUGUUUUAGUAUUUUUUUUAAAUAAAGAGCUUUGAUUAUAUUUAUUA